AGAUGACUGAAGGACCGGAGGAAACCAUUUAAAACGCUAAUGAGCGAGCGAGCGAGUUCAUACAUUUUUUGGGGCACCGGAGUGACUUGGGGAGGGAGUAAGUGAGUGAGUGAGUGAGUUAGGGAGCACCGCGGCGACGUACCGAGCGAGCGAGCGAGCGAGCGAGCCACCAGCACCACCGACCGACUGACUGAACGCGCAACCCGCACCAGAGCUGGCCGGCUUUACGUGCUCUUUUGUCACUCCAGAACGCCGGACCGGACCGACACACAAAAGGCACUUUUAAAACAACAAUCCAGAAUCCUCCUUCAGAUGAAUCCUAAAACACACUUGCUGUGGAUUCUUCUGCUGUGCGCGGCUGCCUUUACGCACGGACAAAAUGGUGGAGACGAGCUGUCGACUGUCGACGUCUCCGUCAAGUACAACAUGAGGAAGAGUUUGGAUCUGGACCAGAAGGGCUGCUAUCUGAAUGCUGGUAACAAGGAUUGUCUCCAGCGGUGCGGCUUCAACGCCACGGCCAAGACCAUCUUCAUCAUCCACGGCUGGACGAUGAGUGGCAUGUUUGAAAGCUGGAUGCAAAAGCUGGUGGCCGCCGUCAUGAGGCGUGAGAGCGAGGCCAACGUGGUUGUGGUGGACUGGAUCUCCAUGGCCCAGCAGCUGUACCCGGACGCCGUCAACUACACGCACGCCGUCGGCCGGGACAUCGCCGCCAUGCUGGACUGGCUUCAGGAUGAGCUGAAUUUGCCUCUGGAGAAGGUGCACCUGAUCGGCUACAGCUUAGGGGCUCACGUCGCGGGCUACGCGGGGACGCACGUGCGCGGAACCCUCGGGAGAAUCACCGGCUUGGACCCGGCGGGGCCGAUGUUUGAGGGUGUGGAGGAGGAGAGGCGCCUUUCUCCCGACGACGCCGACUUUGUGGACGUCCUCCACACGUACACGCGGGAAGCCUUAGGAGUGAGCAUCGGGAUCCAACAGCCCAUCGGCGACGUGGACAUCUACCCCAACGGAGGCGAAAUCCAACCCGGGUGCUCGCUGGGCGACGUGCUGGCCGUGGCCGGAAACUUUAUGGAGGUGAUGAAGUGCGAGCACGAGCGAGCCGUGCACCUGUUUGUGGACUCGCUGAUGAACCGGGAGCACGUGAGCUUCGCCUACCAGUGCAGCGACCCGGAGCGCUUCAAGAAAGGCAUCUGUCUGAGCUGCCGCAAAAACCGCUGCAACAACAUCGGCUACGAGGCCCGCAAGAUGCGCAAGAGACGCAACAGCAAGAUGUACCUGAAGACGCGGGCCGACACUCCCUUUGGAGGUUACCACUACCAGAUGAAGAUGCACGUGUUCGACAGAAAGCAGGCGGACAACGCAGACCCGACCUUCCACGUCAAGCUGAGCGGAGAGCAUAACGACACGGAGGACAUCUUCGUCGACGUGCACGAAAACUCCAUCGGCCUGAACCUGACCAACACCUUCUUGGUGUUCACUGAGGAAGACAUUGGCGACCUGCUGAGGAUCCAACUGAGUUGGGAAGGUGACGGCGAGUCGUUAUAUUCCGUGUGGAAGAACAUCAAGAAGAGUUUCUGGGCCUGGAACGCCCAGCCUUCCGUACCUGUGCUGCAAAUCCGACGGAUUCGCGUGAAAGCCGGAGAAACGCAGAAGAAGUUCACCUUCUGUGCCCAAGACCCGUCUAAAACGGAAAUUUCUCCCGGCGAAUCGCUAACGUUUGUCAAGUGUCGCGAUGGCUGGGAAGUGAAAGCAAGAAAACGGCUGCCCAUGUAAAGCCCUGACCACUUGAUGCACCACCACCACCACCACGGGGACCCAACACGGCUAAAGCGAAGGAGCACCGCCUUCGCGUUAACUGAGCACUUUUUCAGAAGGAAGGAAGGAAGGAAGGAAGGAAGGAAGGAACAACGCACAGCGGGCGGAGUUUGAGGUGUCGGACAUUUGAAAGUUCACCCCAAUGGUUGGUUCCCGGAAACUCCGAGCGCUUGCUCGCUCCUGCGCUGAGAGGCCGGCCGGCCGAGCUGGGACUGAGGUCAAGGGCGGGCGGGCGGUCUUAAAAGAUCACUCGAGAGAGUUACGGAGGAAUGUGAGCUUGAAUAUCAGUGGGUGGAAAUACACCGGCUAUUGUAGUCUCUGUACUGUAUAUUUUAAACAUUUUGUUUUUUAAUUUAUGGAGAACAAAAUUGAAGCACUGCAAGACCAAUGUUAUUUAUCAUAGCACAUCCCAUAAUAGUGUCUGUCGUCGACUGGAUUCCUGGAUGCAGUAAUUGUGUGUGAUUGCGAGUGUGCCUUUCUGCUGCUGAGUGAGAUUAGCCAUACACUGUACAUUUGGAAGAGAUCCCCAUCUCAUUGCACACGGUGGCGACUUUGUGCAAUGCUUUGUGUUACUGUACGUUCUGUGGGCUGGUGCCUUGAUGUACAAAAUGUAAAUAACCUUUUGAAAAAUAAAACCAAUUCACCCAU